AGUCCCCUCAUUUAGGAGUGGCGUCUAGCACGGCAGGGCUCCGACUGUUCGCGCUUCGUCUGCAGGCGUGUCGGUGCAGCAUUUAGCAUCCAGGAUUUACAGAUGGAUCCAGUGGAAAAGACGACAAAUAGGAGUGAACACAAAUCCAGAAAGUUUUUAAAAAGCCUCAUUCGGAAGCAGCCCCAGGAGCUGCUGCUGGUCAUCGGGACGGGCGUCAGCGCUGCGGUGGCCCCGGGGAUCCGCGCCCUGUGCUCCUGGCGGAGCUGCAUCGAGGCCGUCAUCGAGGCCGCCGAGCAGCUCGAGGUGCUGCACCCGGGGGACGUCGCGGAGUUCCGCAGGAAGGUGGUGAAGGACCGGGACCUGCUGGUCGUCGCCCACGAUCUGAUCCGGAAGAUGUCGCCUCGCACAGGCGACACCAAGCCCAGCUUCUUCCAGGACUGCCUGAUGGAGGUCUUCGACAGCCUGGAGCAGCACAUCCAGAACCCGCUGGUGCUGCAGUCCAUCCUCAGCCUGAUGGACCGGGGCACCUUGGUCCUGACCACCAACUACGACAACUUGCUGGAGAUCUUCGGGCAGCAGCAGGGCAAGCCCAUGGAGUCCCUGGACCUGAAGGACAAGACGAAGGUCCUGCAGUGGGCCAGAGGGCACAUCAAGUACGGGGUCCUCCACAUUCACGGCUUAUAUACCGACCCCUGCGGGAUGGUCCUGGAUCCGUCCGGAUAUAAAGAUGUCACUCAAGAUCCAGAAGUCAUGGGCGUCCUGCAGGACCUGUACCGCACCAAGUCCUUCCUGUUCCUGGGCUGCGGGGAGACGCUGCGCGACCAGAUAUUCCAGGCGCUCUUCCUCUACUCGGUGCCGAACAAGGGGGAGCUGGAGCACUACAUGCUGGCGCUCAAGGACGACGAGGAGCACUUCUUCAAGCACCAGGCGGACAUGCUGCUGCACGGGAUCAAGGUCGUGUCCUACGGGGACUGCUUCGACUCGUUUCCCGGGUACGUGCAGGACCUCGCCUCCCAGAUCUGCAGGCAGCGCAGUCCAGAUGCUGACCGCGUGGACAGCACCACACUGUUGGGGAACGCAUGUCAGGACUGCGCGAAGAGGAAGCUGGAAGAGAACGGGACUGACGAUGCGAAGCGGCCCCGACGGCCCGAUGCCGAUGAUGCCGGAGGGUCUUGAAAUCUCUAGAACCAAUAAAUUCCCGCAACUUGAAAACCAGCCUUCUGUAACCGCAGUGCUGUAACCCGAGCGAUGGGGAACUCGGCGUGGAUCUCUCUCCGAAUCCAUCCUCCACCCGGAAGAGCUGUGCGGGGGUGCGGCCUCAGAGGCCAGGGACCUGUUCCUCUGUGUGGUUUGCGUGUCCGGGAGGCAGAGCCUCCCAGGGGCCCAACGGACGGCCACCUCAGGGACCAGAGCGGCGGGAGGGAGACCGGACUCCUGGCUCCCGCCCAAUGGGCCCCCUUUGUCAAGUCGGUUUUUCUGGUAAAGAGGGGAGGGUGAGGACUGUCCAAGCAACAGUGCUUGCCGGGGGACAAGACACUUCCAUUUGUGAUUUUUAUGUUGGAAACGCGUUACUUUGGAAAAACUACAGGUGUGGGUGUGUUCAUCGUCCCCUGGGACAGGACGACGGACGCUCGUCUGAGGCGCUGAGCCUGCCGCAGAGAAAGGUCGGGAUUGAAAAGGAGAGAGCAGCUGGGGGGGGGGGUUGCUCUGGGGUUACCCGACGUUAGUAACUUCUGCUCCAGGGUGUGGCAGGUCCCACCAGCUGCAGAGCCCUGGAGCCAGGGGGCCUUUCACGAGCGCAGCUCAGCGCCCCGUGGGUCCGUGUCACGAUGGGCACCUGAGGCGUGACCAGCAGAGCACAAGACCGAGCUUGCACCUUCUAGUUAGGAUAGAAAUCCCGCGUUUCCGGGCUCUCCGUUGUGUGGGGAAGGUCCAGCCCGUCUGUCUCCCCUCUCAGAGGUCUCCCCAGGGCCCGUCUGCCGGCACGAGGAGGGCAGGCCUUGUCCAGGGCGCUCGGGGUCACACUAGGUGGAAGGCGUCAUGCUGGGGGCAGGGCUCACACCCAGCGGUGGCCGUGGCGGUGACCCCGGGACCCUGCUUGGUGUCCUCCCAGAGGCUGCCGUUCCUUGCCAGAUUCCAGGACGCUCCCCAUCGGUGGCGCUGCCCCCUCCCCAAUACAGAGAGAGUUAAGAACAGAAACAAAGUUGGGUCGUGUUGUGAGCGAGAGAGAAGCCGCAGACCUGCUUAAGACAUUUUUCCCCCUUUCUGAAGUGUGAAAAACCUUUUAUGUUACUCUGGUCAUAAAUAAAAUAUUAACUAACUUCAA